AUGGAGGGGAGGGGGCCAGCAGGGCCUGUGGGGGGCAGGGGGGUCCCUGGGCUCCGCUCACCCUCUGCCCCUUUUCUCCUCCUUGCAGGGCGAAGCCUGGAGCUGUGCCUGGUCCUGCUGGGCUUGGCCAUCCCAGCCUCGGAGGGCUGCCCCACCGACUGCGUCUGCUACCCAUCGCCCAUGACGGUCAGCUGCCAGUCGCACCGCUUCCUGACCAUCCCGGAGGGGAUCCCGGCGGACAGCGAGCGCAUCUUCCUGCAGAACAACCAGAUCUCGCUGCUGCUGCGGGGCCACUUCAGCCCCUCCACCGUCACCCUCUGGGUCUACUCCAACAACCUCACCUUCGUCGACCCCCUGGCCUUCCGCGGCUUCUCCCGCCUGGAGGAGCUGGACCUGGGCGACAACCGGCACCUGCGAGAGCUUGCGGCCGAGACCUUCCAGGGGCUGGCCCACCUCCACGCACUGCACCUGUACAAGUGCGGCCUCAGCGCCCUGCCCGAUGGGCUCUUCCGGGGCCUGCACAGCCUGCAGUACCUCUACCUGCAGGACAACCAGCUGGACUACCUGCAGGAGGACCUCUUUGUGGACCUGGCCAACCUGAGCCACCUCUUCCUGCACGGCAACCGGCUCCGGAGCCUCCAGCCGGCCUCCUUCCGGGGCCUGGUCGGCCUGGACCGGCUGCUGCUGCACCAGAACCGGCUGCAGAGCGUCCACCGGCUGGCCUUCCACGACCUGCGCCAGCUGACCCUGCUCUUCCUCUUCAACAACAGCCUCUCGGAGCUGCCGGGCGAGGCCCUGGCGCCCCUGGCCGCCCUGGAGUACCUGCGCCUCAACGGGAACCCCUGGAGCUGCGGCUGCCAGGCCCGCUCGCUCUGGGACUGGCUGCGCCGCUUCCGGGGCUCCAGCUCCUCCGUCCUCUGCGAGGGCCCCCAGCCCCUCCACGGACGGGACCUGAAGGCGCUGCCAGCCGACACCUUCCGGGGCUGCUCGGCCUCGGAGUCCCUGCACCAGACCCACGGGCCCCGGCUGCCCCCCAGGGACCACCCGCCCCUCUCUCCCACAGAAGGGGGCCACGGCAUCCAGUCUGGGCAGCGCCCCGGGCCCCGGAAGAGCCUCAAGAACUGCACCAAGAGCCGCAACCGGAGCAGCGGGCCGGCCUCCCUGGGCCCCUGGAAGAGCGCCGAGGAGGGGCAGGACCUGAAGCACAAGCCCAACCUGGGCCUGCUGCCCAAGCCGAAGGGCAAGUGCCACCGGCCCCCUGUGCUGCCCCCCAGCGGGGUCCAGCAGGCUGCGGGAGGGGGCCGGAGCUCUGGGGGCCGGGCCGUGCUGACCCUCCCGGCUGCCAUUCUGCUCUGGACCCUGGCCUGGGUGGCGAUCUUCCGCUGA